CCACCCAAGUUGUAAGUUCAAGCCAAAGCCUUCUUUUUGUUCUGAAGUUGAGAAGCAAAGCUCAAAUUAAAGCCGCAUCAUCAUCUUUCUCAGCAAUGUCGCUUCUUCGGAGAGCAGAAAAAACUACAAGAAUGUAUACUAUUAAUUACUCAAAUGAUUUUUCAGACACAAAGCAAUCCAGGGUUGUGGAAAUCCAUUCUACAGACCAGUGGAGAAGCUUCUUUGAUGCCUCAAAAAGAAACAACAAACUGUUGGUGGUUCAAUUCACGGCUACAUGGUGCAGACCUUGUCGUUUCAUGGAUCCGACUGUUCAAGAGUUUGCCGCUAAGUUCACGGAUGUUGAUUUUAUCAAGAUCGAUGUGGAUAAGUUGAUGAAAGUGGCUGACCAAUUUGAGGCGACCACAUUGCCAGCAUUUGUACUGAUCAAGAAAGGGAAACAAGUUGAUAAGGUUGUAGGAGCCAAAAGGAUUGAUCUGCACAACAAGAUAGAGCAACAGAGGAUCUGAUAAUACUGAUGCGUUUCUGAUGCUGCUACCUCUAUCUGAAUAUAACCUGUGAUCAAUGGAGAGACCAAUCACCAUAUAUAAAAUAAGGCUAACAGAUUAUGACAAUUGCCAUUUUGUUGAGGCAAAAAGAUUUUCUCAUUGUUGUUGCUUAAUGAAUGUGCAACAAGUACAGUACUGUAUUGGUUUGGUUUUGUCUAAAAAAAGAUUUGUGUUGUCAUCAAAUAAAAUCCAGUCAAUGAUAUUUGACACUAGUGGAA